UUGGCUGGGAGCAGGCAGCCAGCUCGGAGCCAGGCGGCGAGGCUGUGCCGUGCAGUUGUACAGCUCCGGCUCCUGCUUUGUUUUCUCUAAUUGCACAGCCAGGCCUCCAGGGCACAGCCUGUUUCCAGCCGUGCCUUGGGACAAAGCCUGGUGCUGCGGGGCUGGGACUGGGACGUGCUGACCCAGGAACAGCGGGGAGGGCGUCCUUGGAAGGGGGACCCGGCUGGUUUGGGCUUUGCUGGGUGCCCAGCGAGCUGGUGCAGAGCCCCUGGGCAACCCCAGCUCCUUUUGCAUCUGCUGCCUCGCCCUGGGGCACCGAGGUGGAAUUAUAGGGUCAGGCUUUGCCUGCCAGGCUCUAAUCUCCCCCAUAUGAGGGAAGGAAGGCGCAGGGAUCGUUCUGCAGGGGUGCACGCCGAGCGGCUUCACCACCCUCAAUUACAGAUCCCGCGGUUCCGCGGGGUGCAAUGACCAAAAAAACCUCCUUUUUGGUGCAUUCAGUGCUCGGGUUUGGGCACUGCAGCUGACAAGCUCUGGGAAGGGGACGUGAGGGGGGACAGUGGGGCUGCAGCUGGUGCCCCCCGUCCUGGGGAGGUGUCACAGAUGUGCCGGCAGCGGGACCCCGCCGCACGGGGCUGUCGCCAGCACCCGGCCAGAGCAGCUGUGGCUUUCCCCAGCCGAGUCCCCGUGUCCUUGGGGGACAGAGGAGCCACCAUCAGCCAGCUCUGCACCCCCACGGCGCUGCAGACCCCGCGCUGCCUUUUUGCAGGUGCCCUUUGGGUGCCUCCGAGGGUCCCCAGGGAUGCCAAGGCACCUCCCCGGCCCCAAAUUGGCACCGGGGGCACGGCAGCUCCCUGCCAUGGCCAACCCUUGCUCGCAGCUUUCCCCAGCCCAUGAUGGGGUCGGACGAGAGGAUUUCAGAGCUCCCUUUUGACCUCUGAAGUGAUCAUGAUUCUGUGAUGCCCUUUGAUGGAUGCAUUUCGCCCUCCUGGUUCAGUGCCCGCUGCCAAUUUCCCCGCUCCUCCAGCUGGAGACGUGCGCAGGGCCAGCAGCUGUAACCAAAUCUGCAGCUUUAACCAAAACGAUCUUGGGUUUUACCAAAAAUUUGCUGUCAGUUCGGCAGCCGGGGAGGACCCUGCUCCAUGGACUGUGGCCACCUUCCAAACGCCAAGACAGGGCAAGGGCAAGGGACGAUAGAGGGGCCGAAAACAGCACCCGAAGCACCUGGAGACCUCCGGGAGGUGCCAGCAGGAUCAAUCCCAGCUGGGACCGGAGCCCCCCACCCCUCUCCCCAAACCCCUCCCAGCAGCACUGGUGGCUCCGUGCAGGACCAGCCGAGUGCCCUGUAGUGCUGCUGACAGCACCAGACCCUCAGCAGCUCCUCCGGAACGACAUUAAACUUACACCAAAUCGCGUCGUGCGCUACAGUGCGGACGCUCGGCUGCGUUUUCCUCUCCUAACCAUGGAGGCAGUGGGAAUUGCGGCACCAUUAAUUCCUCCCCCUGCCUCCCGUGAAUAUCCACAGGCUCUCCCCUCGCCCUGUGCAGCGGGUCGGAGGCUGCUGCAGCCCCGUCCCCUUUUUGUAGGGGCUCGGUGCUCGCGGCGAGGCUGGGAAUGAGCCGGAGCAGCCUGCGACCAGGCUCUCAGGGUGGGAAACUGCUGCUGAGCGGGCAAUGAAGGUUAUUAAAUGUCAGGGAGAAAUAAAGGCCGCUUUUUUUAUUAUUCUCCUCCCC